AUGGUCCAGAAAACAGGGGCAAAAGCUUUGGGGGAGUACAUCAAGAAGCAACUCUCCACAAAAAAACCAACGCCACAAGUGAUCGAAGUGGAUGUUGAUGCUGGAUUAGAUCGGGACAUAUUUGAAAUAAAUGAAGACCUAGGCUUGAACCUUGUAGAAGGGGACAUCAAAAUUGACAAGAUAAUUGACAGAAGCUCUAUUAUGGGUGACAAAUACAGAUGGCCAAAAAUAAUUCCAUAUUAUCUGGAAGAUAAUUUAAAUGUAAAUGCUAAAGGUAUGAUCCUAAAAGCAUUUGAACAGUACCGUCUCAAAUCCUGCAUUGACUUUAAGCCUUGGACAGGUGAAAAAAACUACAUCUCUGUAUUGAAAGGCAGUGGGUGCUGGUCCUCUGUGGGGAACCAACAGGAGGGACGGCAAGAACUGUCCAUUGGUGAGGGAUGUGAAAGAAUGGGGACUAUCGAACAUGAAUUCCUCCAUGCCCUGGGAUUCUGGCAUGAGCAGUCAAGAGCUGAUCGCGAUGACUAUGUCACAAUAGUCUGGGACAGGAUUGAAAGUGGUAAAGAGCACAAUUUCAAUAAAUACAAUGACAAAGAAAGCAGUGACCUCAACGUACCCUAUGACUACACCUCAGUGAUGCACUACAGUUCCACAGCUUUUAAUAAAGGCACCAAACCAACAAUCGUCACCAAGAUUCCAGAAUUCAGUAACGUGAUUGGACAACGGUUAGAUUUCAGCGAUUAUGACAUUCAGAAACUCAGCCGACUCUACAACUGCACUUCCUCACUUAGUUUUUUGGAUCGGUGCAGUUUUGAACUGGAAAGUAUCUGUGGCAUGAUUCAAGGCCUAGACAACAAGGUGGCUUGGCAACGUGUUACCCAAGCUCUGCCAGGGCCUGGCCAAGACUACACCAACAUGGGCGACUGUACAGGUAUCGGGUACUUCAUGCAUUUUAGCACCAAUCAAGUUGGUGAGAGGGCACUACUGGAAUCUCGAAUCUAUUACCCAAAACGGGACUUUCAGUGUUUGCAGUUUUACUCCUAUAACAGUGGAAGUGAGAUGGAUGAGCUGAACAUCUGGGUUAGGGUUUACGAUGAAGCAAACCCCAAUGGGACUUUAACAAAAGUCACUGCAGUAAAAGGCACAGAUCUGAAUUAUUGGCAGCUUCACCACAUUAGCCUCACCAUGUCCAAGAAAUUCCGUGUUGUGUUUGAAGGAGUGAAAGGAGCAGGCAGUUCCACGGCAGGAAUCUCCAUCGAUGACGUUAACCUCUCGGAAAUGCAAUGCCCCACCCACGUUUGGCAUAUCAAAAACUUUACCCACCUUUUAGAUACGAGUCCCCCGGGGACGGUUGGCAAGAUUUACAGUCCGAGAUUCUACUCGAGAGAGGGAUAUGGAUUUCAGAUCGGCCUGUAUGUGAAUGGAACAAGCAGUCGCCCCUCCUACCUUGCUAUUUAUUUCCACUUGGUCAGCGGACCUGAUGAUGACAAAUUGCAGUGGCCAUGCCCAUGGAAGCAGUGCACCAUGUUGUUAAUGGAUCAACAUCCCGAUAUUAGACGGCGCAUGAACCAUCAAAGAAGUGUCACCACGGACCCUGAGGAAGUUGACCAAUCAUCCUACGUUUGGGACAGACCUGACAAAGUAGGAGUCUUGGUAACAGAUACUGAUGGCACCAAAUACUAUCGGGGACCUGGACGUGGAACCAGUGCAUUCUUAUCCCAUGAGAGAUUGAAAAGCAGAGAGUUUAUCAAGGGAGAUGAUACCUAUUUCCUUUUGACCAUGGAAGAUGUAUCCCAUCUUGUUAGCCCCCAGCCAACACCAUCACCAGAGACCAAUGCUCCAGAUUUGUGCACUGAUUUUAAAUGUGAAAACGAUGGUAUCUGCACCGUGUCUGAUGGAAAACCCAUUUGCAGGUGCCUUACGGGCGAGGAUUGGUGGUAUUCUGGUAAAUACUGUCAGACCCACAGCAAACAGGAAGACACCGUGAUGAUAGCAGCGGUCUCGUCUGUUGUUGUGUUCCUGGUAAUGCUGAUAAUAACCAUGGUCAGUGUGUACUGCCUCAGACAGAAAUACCACAAGAAGAUGAACAAGAAUGAUGGACAGCACGGAACAAAUCUAACUAAACGCCACCAGCGAUCGGAUGACCGUUUACCCGGAGGGUUACACAGCCGAAUAGCACCACGUCCGGCAGGAGGAGUAAAUUUCAUCCGGCGGGUGCGAAGAUCAUGGAAUAAAGAAGGCAGCCUCCGCGCCCCCAGCGCCGGGGAGGAAUGUGAAGGGAUGAGUCUGUGUCCUCCUAAUGCAGCGCCCCCCAGCGCCGGGGAGGAAUGUGAAGGGAUGAGUCUGUGUCCUCCUUAUGCAGCGCCCCCCAGCGCCGGGGAGGAAUGUGAAGGGAUGAGUCUGUGUCCUCCUAAUGCAGCGCCCCCAGCGCCGGGGAGGAAUGUGAAGGGAUGA